AGGCUGAAGUACACGGACGCCGUAUACGAUGCCUGUAUGGAGGCUUUCGAUUGUCUUCCGUUAGCUGCUCUCAUAAAUCAACAAUUUCUCUGUGUGCAUGGAGGUCUCUCACCGGAAAUCCACUCUCUCAGCGACAUUAAAAAGAUGGAUCGCUAUCGAGAGCCACCGACCCACGGUCCAAUGUGUGAUAUCCUGUGGUCAGACCCGACAGAGGACUUUGGACAGGAGCGUAACAACAGCCACUUCUCACAGAACUCUGUCCGUGGAUGCUCCUUCUUCUAUUCCUAUGCUGCUGUAUGCGCCUUCCUUCAGGCCAACAACCUCCUCUGUCUCAUCCGUGCCCAUGAAGCACAAGACGCUGGGUAA